AUGAUGAUUGCAGAAAGUUUUUUUGAUGUUUGCUUCUUUUUUUGGUCAUUUUUUUCCGCAUAAUUUUUAUAAAUUCAAACCAAAAAAAUCCUUUUUUUAUUUAAAAUUCCGGUAUUAUCGGAAAAAUUGAGACUAAAUUUGAAGGCAAAUUAUAGAAAACUUUGAUACGUUUGAGUAGCUAUUAUUUUUAUUUCCUCAUCUUUAUUGAAAUAUAGACUUCUUAGUAACCGACUUCUGCUUGAAACUUUUUGGAAAAUUAUCAAAAUUCUAACAGUUUUGAAAAAUUUUUUUGAAAAAUAUGAUUGAUUUUUUUGGGCUUGCAGGAGGAAAAAAACUGCCCGAAAAAACAGUGAACUCUGAAAUUUAACAGAAAAAUCUGAAAAACACUUGAAUGAAACAUUUUUGAGCAUACAAUGUUUUCGUUUUUUUUUCGAAUCUUUACAUUGUUUUCCAGAAUCUUAAAUUUUCUUUUCAGAAAAAGAAUCCCGCGCACCUUGAAGACGUCGUCGAGCCGAUGCUUGACUCAUCGGAAGAACGAUUUCUGACGUUCAUCAACGCUACCGUAGUCGAGGAACUCGGAUGGACGUCUUCGCUUCGAGACCUUUACCUCGUCGAGGCCUUUCUUCUCUUGUUGAAGUUGGUUUUUGAGCCUCUUAAAAUUUCCGAAAAGAGGUUUUCAUAAAAUUUCUGUUGAAGGAAGUUUAUAACAAGCUCAGGCAAAGUCGGAAUGGUGGAUAACGGCGGCUAAAAGGGAGAGGCUCAAAAAAGGCUGCAGAAAGGCAGCAAAAAGAGUCCCUUUAUCGAGCCUUCCAUUUUUUCUGGGAUUUUAAAGGUUCAAGAAAUGGUGGAAAAAGAGAGAGGCAGCAAAAAUGGUGCACAAAUGGCGCAAAAAUGCAAAAAAAUCAGAAUCUUUGUUACCCUAAAAGUAAAAUUUGUAUGGAGCCUUUUUCACCGUUCCAACUUUGCCUAUGAGUAAAUAUUUCCAUUAUUUUUUUUUAACAAAAAAUUUCAAUCAUUUUCUAAGAAAGUUAGAAAAAUUAGUAGUCUGUGGUGAGAACGGAGCAAGUCUCAAAUUAAACAAAAUAUGCUCCAAAAAAAUAAGGUUUUUGAAGCAUUUUUCACAAGGCCAGAACGCAAUCUUUGAUUCAAGUUUAUAUUUACUUGAUUCGUCUUUUUAUAUCUUGCUGGUAUCGUUUUUCCCAACUCGAAAAAAAUUUUUUUACCUUGAUCAACACUUUUUUAAUUUUCUGAAAAGACAUUUUGCAUAAGAAACUUUUUUUUCAAUCAAGUUAUGAAUAUUUUUCAGUUGGAUCCAGUACAUUUACACGUUUUACUUGUUGGUCUUCGUUAGAGCCGUUCAUUUCAACCUGAAUACGAUGUUGAUCGUCUACGGCGGCCAAUAUUUCUUCUCGAUGCUUUCGAGGACGAUUCUAGUCUACUAUCAAUACAUGGGAAUGGAAUUCGUCGGUGAGAUUGGUCGGAUUUCGAAAGAAUAAAUGAAAAAAGAAAUGAGAAAUUACUAAAAUUUUCCAAAAUUCCGACUUAUUUCCUUCCAAAAAAUAUGACUUUAGGAAAAAAUAUGGUGAAUUCGCGAGCGGCUCUAACAAAAUAUAACUUCAAUUAAUUUAAGUACAGUAAAUGUACCAAAAAUUUUGGUUGGAGUGUUUAAAGGUAGGGUCCGCAAGCCAUUUCUUCAAAACGAUCCAAAAAAUAUGUUUUUUACACUGUUCGAUAGAGGAGACUGUCCAUUUUCAUAAUCCGUUCAGUUUUAGAAAAAAGCUCCACUAAGAAAAAAGUUAUGGCCAAAAAACUAGCGCGCGCGGCGUUCAACUGGAGGCAAAAUCUCACGGUUUACCCGCUGCCGCACGCUUUCUUUUUAAAUGUUUUUGCGCGUUUCUGGACCGUUUUUUUAAAUCGGUUUUCUGUUCUGAGAGGUUGUCGAACUGAGCUUCAUGUUUUUGGUAUGAAUCUUUUUGUACAAUCCUCAUAAGAAUUUUUUUGAUAAAAUAUCAAAAAAACUACCUAGAAAAAAAGGUCAGAAGGAAUUUUUUCAGCUUAUUCUUCUUUUUUCUAAUCAGAAAAAAAUUAUUAUCAUUCAGUUUGGAAAGAAAAGAAAAAAAUGAAAAAAAUAAUGUUAUUUCGAAAUAAAACAGGAAAAAGUGCAAUUUGACGCCGAAAAACGGCUCCUGCAACAUUUAAAAUGGCGCAUCGGUGCGUUUGACGCAAGCACAGCUACAAAUGCUUGCACGAAAUCUUCCGAAAUUUCAAAAAAAAUUGCCAUUUUUUCGAGGUUUUCAAAGCCGUUCUUUUUUUCGCGUCGUUAGAUUUUUUUCAUAAUUUUUUCAUAGAUAGAGUUUUGAACGCUUAAUAACAUAAGCAAAAAUAUAGACGCGAUCCUAUUCUCUCAUGCGACAACGAGGCAGACGAAAAAAAGGAGGUUUUGGUAAAAUUCAAAUAUAAUUUGAUUCGCUGUCCCAAUAAUUAUUUUUCAUUCUGAAUUUUUUUAUUUUUUUGAACACAUUGUGAGUUUUUAAAUCAAAUAAAAAGUAUACCUUGUCGCUGAAAUUUUUUCGCAUUUCAGCUUCAAAGUUUGGUGUCACUUUACAAGCUUCGAUUUUUUUUUCGCGUCGUUAGAUUUUUUUAAAUCUUUAUUCAAAAAAUAAAGAAAGUGUUAAUGUAUAACAUACUUAAAAUUUAGAAGCGUUCCUCACUUGGUUUUCUGAAACGCGACGAUUUUGUGAAACUUGUCAGUUUUUUUCGUGUUAAAUCUUACUUUUUCGCUUAUUUUUGAAAAAUACAUAGUUUAAAAAUUUUUCAGUCUUGUAGAGCGUUGUCGAUUACAUAGUUUAACAAAAAUAGUUUAUUUUUAAAGUGGGACUUUAGCUAGUAUAAACGCCUCAAAACCGUUUCUGCAACAAAAAAAUCGUCAUUUUGGUGGCGUGAAGGGGCGGGGCUUUGCGCCCCCUAUUUAAAGGAGCAUAGAAAAAUUUCAAAACGGACUCGAUGCGAAAAUUCAUUUUCAGUGCCCUUCUCUGCCUUGAAAGAUUUCUGGUCCUCAAACACCCAGGAAAAGAUUUCUGAACAAAGUUUUAUAUCUCCCAACCUUUCAAUAAAUUGAAAACUCACCAAAAUCAUCAAAGAAAUUCCAGAUGAAUCAUCUCUAGGCGUCAUCAAAUUAGCCAACUAUACACGGACCAUCUGCCUUUUCAUAGCCUUCUACAUCCUUCCAUUCUUGGUCCUAGAAAGGUAAAAACGUCAAUUUUCACUCGAAUCAUUCAAAAACCCAGGUUUUUCGCCACUUUUUUCUUAUUGGACUAUGAGCAACGAGGACGUCCGUGGGUUCCGGUAGUUCUCGUGGCUGUAUUAUUUCCAACGAGUAUAUUUUCUGCAAUCGCCUACAUAAGAUGUAACCGAGAAACAAAAGAAAGAAGUUGAAAACGACGAAAAUUUACAGUUUGGGUGCCAGUUUACGUGAACAUCAUCAGCUUUAUGGCGCUCAACUUAGCCGGCACAGUUUUGCUCCUGACAAUCACCCGAUGCAAUAUCAGCAUGCACAAGUGAGAAAAAAAAACAAUACAAAAGUGAAGAAAACCGAAAAAGUGAUCUGAUGACAAGAAAAAUCGACUUUUGGCUGAACAGUCGGGAAUUGAAAUGUGUUAUGUUCAAUGCCCGCGACGCAAAGUCACAUACUCUCCAAAUGGAAAAGCCCAAUUUUUUCAUAUAUUUUGUUUUUUUUUUAUUGUGUUUCUCGCGUGUGUUCUCUCCCUAACUACUGAUAAAGUUCAAUAAAAUCGUGUUUUUCUGAAGGAUUGGCAAAAAUUUUCCUGUUUUGGUUUUUUCUAGUUUCUGCAACUUUCGCAAGCUUUUUUGUUCUGUUUUCUCAUAAAUAAAGUUGAUUUUAGGGACUCGUACUCAGUCUUGAAAAGGCGUGACUUCCGGCACUAUUCACUGAGUGAACGCUUCCAACUUGCCGAAAACAUCAAAACAUGCAAGGUUUUUUUUUCCAUCAUUCUUGAAAGUUUCGAUUAUUUCCAGUGGCUGACACGGGUCCAGUUCUCCAUUGUCUUCUACAAUAUUCUGUGCACUUCAAUGCUCCUUUUGGACCAAUUCAAUUUCCCACAAAGUACUUUGAUCCGAGUUUACAUCGCUUUCAAUUUCUGCUGCAUUUUGUGAGUCUGAAGAAAAAUUAAGUGAAGAACUCGGAUGAAUUUUUCAGAUACGCUCUGACCAUACCGUUGAUGGUGUUCUACUACACACCAAAGUGGAUAAAUGAAACGCAGAGAUUGGCAAGUUGAAAAAAAUAUUUUUUUCAUGAAAAAAACGUGCAGAAAAAUUGAAGGAUUUUUUUCUUCAUCAUAAAAAAAUACUAAAGAAAAUGACUUCCUUUAGUGAUUAAUUAUAAAAUAAGAAUUUUCCAUGACUAUAAUUGAUUUUUUUGAGGAGGAAAGGAAGUAUUAUAUAUUUUUCUCGUUUUCAUCAAGUUUUUAGGUAUGAAAGUCAAUUUUUUCACAUUUUCUCGGUCAAGCAACCGAAAAUAGGAAGUUCCAUUGUUUUUUUAUCAUUUCGAAUCGGGUUUGCGAAAAAAUUCUGAUAAAGAAUCAUUGUUAUCCAAAGAUUUUGACGAUUUUAAGGCAUAAAAGCCGGGAUGUCAUUUUGAACUAAUUACCGUAAAAAUCAUAAAGGGCAGAUUUCUGCUCUAAAAGGGUUUUUUCACUCAAAUUUUAUUUCAAACUCAUUUUGAGAGAGCAAAAAACCCGUUUUCCGAAUCCUUGGCUCUGAAAAAGACCAUAACUUGGCUUUCAAUUCUUCAGAACGAAUAUGAGAAAAAAAUGCAUUUCCAAAAUUUCAUACGUUUCAUUUUAGUUUUAAAAACAGGUAGCUUUCUUUCCACUUCGUUCUUCGAAGCAUGCUCUCACAAAAAAAACAAUUCAAGUUUACGAAUUAAAUUCGAAACGAAAAAAUCCUUCAUUUUCGGCCCUUUUUUUCGAAAUACAAAAAAAACUUUUUCCACAAAAAUAUUAGGUCGAGAUGUCAUCUUUUUCAGGUCAUAAUUCUGUGGGAAAGGUUCUUGUCUUUUACUCAGGGAUCCUAGAGAGAAUUUCUUUUUUUUAACCGUUUCAGCCUGGGUUUGUAAGAGAAUCUCUUAUAAAUCAAUCCUAUUAGAAAUUUCAUGUUUUACUAUGCAAAAUUCCUCUUUUAAAUUUUUGUUUUUGCACUCUGAUUGGAGGGUUUCGAAGUAAAAGCGCAAAAAGAGUUGACAUUACGGUAGUUUUUUCACAGCUGUGUUUGAAUAUAUCACGAUCUCGCGAGGAAUGCCCUAUAAUACGAUCUGGGUUCGCAUCUAAAAAGCUAGGGAGCACUGGUAACCAAGAGCGCGUUCUCUUUUUUAAACGCUCUCUAACUUUCGAAGACGAGAGUUUGACGUAGACUCUAUAAUCCACCAUCGGAUCCGAAUCAAUCUUUCAAAUCCUGCUUUACAGUUGAAGCAACUGCGCUACGGUCGAGCGAUGACGGUCGAUUCCACGCUGAGGUCGACGUUCGGCAAGGAGAUGAUCUACGACAGCAAGAACCAAGGCGUCAUCUAUUUCCAGCGGCUAGACGAGGACUUGGCCGCCAGUUCCAUGAAACAGCAUCAGAAGGAAUUGAGGCGUGGAAAACGGCACUCCCCGCCAAACGAGUACUUUUUAUAG